AUAUCUUUAGCCUGCAUGCUCUUACCACUUGAUGACUCAGUAGGAAGUGACAGAAGUCAUUUCAACCACAAUGCAAUGAAGAGGAAACUAUAUAUGUUUGUGAAGUGUGGAUAUGCAGGCUCCAAUUUUCCAGAACACAUCUUUCCAGCUUUGGUUGGAAGACCAAUAAUAAGAUCAACUGCCAAAGUGGGAAACAUUGAAAUCAAGGAUCUUAUGGUUGGUGAUGAAGCAAGUGAAUUGCGUUCCAUGCUGGAAGUUAACUACCCAAUGGAGAAUGGCAUAGUCCGGAACUGGGAUGAUAUGAAACACCUCUGGGACUAUACAUUUGGACCAGAAAAACUUAACAUCGACACAAAAAACUGUAAAAUAUUACUCACAGAACCACCGAUGAAUCCAACAAAAAACAGGGAGAAGAUUGUAGAGGUAAUGUUUGAGACUUACCAGUUUUCUGGAGUAUACGUAGCCAUUCAGGCUGUCCUUACUUUGUAUGCCCAAGGUUUAUUGACUGGUGUUGUUGUGGACUCUGGAGAUGGUGUAACUCAUAUUUGCCCCGUGUAUGAAGGUUUCUCUCUUCCUCAUCUCACCAGAAGACUAGACAUUGCUGGGAGGGAUAUUACCAGAUACCUUAUCAAGCUGCUGUUGCUGAGGGGAUAUGCCUUCAACCAUUCUGCUGAUUUUGAGACUGUUCGAAUGAUCAAGGAGAAGUUAUGUUAUGUGGGAUACAACAUUGAACAGGAACAGAAGUUGGCAUUGGAGACCACAGUAUUAGUUGAGUCUUAUACGCUCCCAGAUGGCAGGAUUAUCAAAGUUGGUGGUGAACGAUUUGAGGCCCCAGAAGCCUUGUUUCAGCCUCAUUUAAUCAAUGUAGAGGGGGUUGGUGUUGCUGAAUUGCUGUUUAACACCAUCCAGGCUGCUGACAUUGACACCAGGUCUGAAUUCUAUAAGCACAUUGUGCUGUCUGGAGGUUCCACUAUGUACCCUGGGCUGCCUUCACGGUUGGAACGUGAACUUAAACAGCUGUACCUGGAGCGAGUUCUCAAAGGAGAUGUGGAAAAACUUUCUAAAUUUAAGAUCCGAAUUGAAGAUCCGCCUCGUCGAAAGCACAUGGUAUUCUUAGGUGGUGCAGUUCUAGCAGACAUCAUGAAAGACAAAGACAACUUCUGGAUGACCCGACAAGAAUACCAAGAAAAAGGAGUGCGUGUGCUGGAGAAGCUUGGUGUGACUGUUCGAUAAAUCUCAGUGCUUAUUCCUGUCA